AUGCUCCCUAGGGCACUAUCAGUAGCAAUAUAUGAAUUACUAUCAGGAACUACCACACCUAUAUCUCAACCACCAUCUAACAUAACAUCUUAUGAAACAUUUUUCUUUGAUAAUGCAAAUGAACUAGAGAGAGAAGGAACCCCAAGUAGAAUACCUCGAAAAGUUACAUUUAAUACAAGUAAUGAUAUGAGGUCUCUAUCUCCUGUUAGCAACCCAUCUACAACCUUCAGUUUUACAACCGCAAAUUGGCAACCAGUAAAUAACUGUUGGUUUGAAAGUAACUCAAGUAAUAGAGGAAAUAAUACAAUAGAACAUCAAAAUGUAACUACCAAAGGAAUCUCACAGUCAACAACGUCAGUACCUAGCAGUCAAUCGUCAAAUAAUAUAAACACCUCUCAGCUAAUACUUACAUCUCAACCAGUUAUAGUACCAGUAGGAGGAAAUAAUGACAAUGCUUACUUUCAAGUCAUACAGGGACUAGCAGGAUGGCUUCAAGGACAACAAACGAGAGAAUAA